CCAGCCUAAGCGGGUCCCUCCAGGCCGCCGUAGUGCUUGCCACGGGCGGGUUGGGGAGCAAUGGAGCUGGUGGGCGGCGGCCGCGGCGAUUGCCGCAGCUCCUGCUCCGCAGACCCGCGAAGCACCUUCGUGUUGAGUAAUCUAGCGGAGGUGGUGGAACGCGUCCUUACCUUCCUGCCCGCCAAGGCGUUGCUGCGGGUGGCCGGCGUAUGCCGCUUAUGGAGGGAGUGCGUGCGCAGAGUGUUGCGGGCCCAUCGGAGUGUGACCUGGGUCUCUGCGGUCCCGGCGGAGGCCAGCCAUCUGGAGGGGCACUGCUUGGUCCGCGUGCUAGCAGAGGAGCUUGAGAAUGUUCAUAUCUUACCACAGACAGUUCUCUACAUGGCUGAUUCAGAAACCUUUAUUAGUCUGGAAGAGUGUCGUGGCCACAAGAGAGCAAGGAAAAGAACUAGUAUGGAAACAGCAUUUGCCCUUGAGAAGCUAUUUCCAAAGCAGUGCCAAGUCCUUGGGAUUGUUACUCCAGGGAUUGUAGUGACUCCAAUGGGAUCAGCCAGCAAUCGACCUCAGGAAAUAGAAAUCGGAGAAUCUGGUUUUGCUCUUUUAUUCCCUCAAAUUGAAGGAAUAAAAAUACAGCCCUUUCAUUUUAUUAAGGACCCAAAGAAAAUGACUCUAGAAAGACGUCAACUCACUGAAGUUGGUCUUCUGGAUAACCCUGAACUUCGAGUGGUCCUUGUAUUUGGCUACAAUUGCUGUAAAGUGGGAGCCGGCAAUUAUCUGCAGCGAGUGAUCAGCACUUUCAGUGAUAUGAAUAUCAUCUUGGCUGGAGGCCAAGUGGACAACCUGUCAUCACUGACUUCUGAAAAGAACCCUCUGGAUAUUGAUGCCACUGGUGUGGUUGGACUGUCAUUUAGUGGACACCGCAUCCAGAGUGCCACGGUGCUCCUCACUGAGGACGUCAAUGACGAGAAGACUGCUGAGGCUGCGAUGCAGCGCCUGAAAGCUGCCAACAUUCCAGAACAGAAUACCUUUGGCUUCAUGUUCGCAUGUGUGGGCAGGGGCUUUCAGUAUUAUAGAGCUAAAGGGAAUGUUGAGGCUGAUGCAUUUAGAAAGUUUUUUCCCAGCGUUCCCUUAUUUGGCUUCUUUGGAAAUGGAGAAAUUGGGUGUGACCGGAUAGUCACUGGGAACUUUAUACUGAGGAAAUGUAAUGAGGUCAAGGAUGAUGAUCUGUUCCAUAGCUACACAACAAUAAUGACACUUAUUCACCUUGGGUCAUCUAAGUAGAGCCACCUCUAAAGUGGCUGCCAUAAAUUUUGGGCUCUGCCUUUUCCAGAAAAUGGAUAUUUGGGAUAAUAUGUGUAUUUCAAACAAAAAUGACUUUAGAUACAUCUGUUUUUUAGCUUUGAUUGUUGCUGUAAAGAUCACAUUGGGGUAGCUUUUAAUAGAUGGAAGACAACUUUGUAACAUAACGGAGAACAAGAGUUGAGAGCUUUUGCAUCAAACACAAACAUACAAAAUAUGGUUCUUUUGCAUCCGACUCUGCAGCUGUUGUGUGACAUGGCCUUAACCAGCUUUCCUGCAUGGGAAGGGUGAAAGGAGACUCAUCAGUAGGAUGGAGAUUAAGACAUUCCAUGACUACCUCUUUGCAUUGGUAGAUGAUCUUUUAGCAGAAUCAUGAAGACUUUUUCUCCCUUAAUGAAGGAGAAAAAUACGCAGAUGGUUUGUUUGAGAAAUCUUUCUCUGCUCUACCAGUUUUUUCAGAAGCUGUAAUAAAAUCAUUACUGACUUUUUACUUGAUAAAAAUUAAAGAACUAUUUUUGUUUUGGUACUCUAAAGUCGCUCAGAUAAAUUGCCAAGACUAAUCAGUAUUUUAUUACUUUGUAAGUGAAAAAUUUUCCUCUUUUUCUUCAGUAAAGAAAUUGAAAGAGAAAAAAAAUUUUUUUCACCUAGUUCUGUAUAGCUAAUUGGCAGACCAGGGAAUUGUCACCUCAUUUUGGUUUUAUACCAAUAAAAUACACCUUGGAAACUCA